AUGUACUCUAUACUCGGCCCCAUCGCAUAUCCCUCAUCCAGGACCAAGUACCUAGCCAACGGGUUGGUUGCGUCAUUGGAAAGGAGAGGCGCCGCCGCUAGGAGCAGGAGGCAGCAGCCUGACCUCGCCUUCGCCUUCCUCAAGAGGACGCGGCUGAGCUCGUCAGCUCGUAAGCUGAACCUCCGGCCUUCCCCGCCGACAACCGCCAACCCAGGAUUCCGAACCCCCUCAUCUCACAGUCCUCCCCCAUCUCGUCUCGCAACCGCGGCGCAUCCAGGAGACUCGCUCGCUGGCAGCCGGCCAUGGACCGCAACCGCUGCCGAACCUGAAGCCAACGAAGAGUGGCAACCGGGACGAGGAGGCGAGGCUCGAUCGCAGGAACCGUCGCCACCCUCGUUCGUCGUUUGUCUCUUCCCUUCCGACACCUCGAGCCACCGAGCCACCAGUUCAACCGAUCCCUCGACGCACCCACCACGACCGCCUUCGCAACCACCACCUUUGCCGCGGCAACCAUACGGACGCCGACGGUCGAGAUCCAUCGUCGACAUGACGGCCACCGUCGUCAACGCGCAGGCUGCCGCCCUCCCCGCGCCGCACGCUCACACCAAUCCUCAUGCCUGUUCCCACACCCGCGACGGCGAGGCUCCCCGCGGAGGGGCGGGACGGGACGGACCAGGCGGACGAGAAGAGCUGCUGCCGCCGCCGACGCACAAGUUUGACCUCGGCGACUUUGAGCUCGUUCGCACCCUCGGCACAGGCACCUUUGCGCGCGUCUGCCUCGUCCGCCCCGCCAACGCGUCCCUACCCCUAGACCGGGACCCGGAUCCCCAAGUCUUUGCCCUCAAGAUCCUGCGCAAGUCCGAGGUGGUCCGCCUCAAGCAGGUCGACCACGUGCGCCACGAGCUGGCCAUCCUCUCCGACGUCGCCGGCCACCCCUUCGUCACGGAGCUGCUGGCCUCCUUCUCCGACCACGACUCGCUCUACAUGCUGCUCGACUACGUGCCCGGCGGCGAGCUCUUCAGCUACCUGCGUAGGAUGCGCCGCUUCGACGAGCCGACUGCCCGCUUCUACGCCGCCGAGAUCGUCCUCGUGCUCGAGUACCUGCACGAGCACCAGGGCGGCGUCGCCUACCGCGACCUCAAGCCGGAGAACCUCCUGCUCGACCGCGACGGCCACAUCAAGCUCGUCGACUUCGGCUUCGCCAAGCGCCUCGGCCACAAGGACGACAGGCCCGUCGAGACCUACACCCUCUGCGGCACCCCCGAGUACCUCGCCCCCGAGGUCAUCCACAACAAGGGCCACACCACCGCCGUCGACUGGUGGGCCCUCGGCAUCCUCCUGUACGAGUUCCUCACCGGCUACCCGCCAUUCUGGCACCAGAACCCCAUCGAGAUCUACCGGCAGAUUGUCGAGAAGCCGGUGACGUUCCCGCGCGAGCCCGCCCUCUCGGUCGAGGCGAAGGAUAUCAUCCGCGCCUUCUGCCACGUAGACCGCUCCCGCCGGCUCGGUAACAUCUCCGGCGGUGCCGCCCGCGUCAAGGCCCACCCAUUCUUCGCCGCCGUCGACUGGCACGGCCUGCUCGAGCGGCGCUGCCCGGCGCCCAUCGUCCCGCCCGUGCGCUACCACGGCGAUGCCCAGUGCUUCGACACCUACCCCGACGACGACGCCGCCAAGGGCCCCUCCGCCUACACGCCCGAGAUGGCCCGCAAGUACGACCGGUACUUUGAAGACUUUUGA